AAGGCCUAUAUUCAUCAGCCUCUUAGAUCCGUAAUAGUAAUCUCAUACCCCCAAUGGUAGCUCAAAGUUGGCCGGUAUGGACGGCGAUUCUCUUACUUGUGAUUUCUUAUCUAUGGAGGAAGAAGACGAAGACGGUGGCCAAGAGGAAGGGCGUGAAACUACCUCCGGGCCCUCGGGGCCUGCCCAUCCUAGGCAGCCUCCUCGCUUUGGGCGAGAACCCUCACCGCGACCUCCACAAGCUGGCCCAAAAAUAUGGCCCCAUCAUGCACCUUAGGCUCGGGUUCGUGCCCGCAAUAGUCGUCUCCUCCCCAGAGGCUGCGGAGCAGUUCCUCAAGACUCAUGAUCUUGUAUUCGCGAGCAGGCCGCUUCACGAGGCCGCGUGGUACAUAUCAUGGGAGCAGAGCAGCCUCUCGUUCGCACCCUAUGGGGCUUACUGGCGGAAUGCCCGGAAGAUGUGCGUGCUUGAGCUGCUAAGUGCCCAUAAGAUCGGGUCUUUCAGGGCCAUGAGGAGGGAGGAGGUGGGGCUGAUGGUCGAGUCCCUGAGAGCGGCUGCACAUGAAGGCGCCACGGUGGACGUCACCUCCAAGGUUUCGGCUCUGAGCACGGACAUGAGCUGCCUGAUGGUGUUCGGGAAGAAGUACAUGGACGAAGAGUUGGACGAGAAAGGGUUCAAGGGAGUGAUUCAAGAGGGCAUGCAGUUGGGGGCAACUCCUAAUAUGGGAGAUUAUAUUCCGUACGUGGGGGCACUGGACCUCCAGGGGCUGAAGAAGCGAAUGAAGAGGGUGAGGAAGGCGCACGAUGCCUUCUUCGAGAAGAUCAUCGACGAGCACGUCCAGAACCCGAAAAGAGAAGGCGAAUCAAAAGAUUUUGUUGAUGUCAUGGUGAGAUUUCUCGGGUCAGAGGAGGCCGAGUACCGCAUCGACCGCAACCACAUUAAAGCCAUUAUCUUGGACAUGCUGGCUGGCUCGAUGGACACGUCAGCGACAGCAAUAGAAUGGGCCAUGGCGGAGCUCAUGAGGAACCCGUGUGUCAUGCAAAAAGUCCAAGACGAGCUAGAGAAGGUGGUCGGCCUAGACAGACCCAUUGAGGAAUCCGACCUAGAAAACUUGAACUACUUGGACAUGGUCAUCAAGGAAAGCCUUAGGUUACACCCGGUGGCACCACUGCUGCUGCCCCACGAGGCCAUCGAGGACUGCACCAUCAACGGGUUUCACAUACCGAGGAAGUCUCGGGUCAUUGUGAACACAUAUGCCAUCGGCAGGGACCCAAGUGUGUGGCCCAAUCCGGAGUUGUUCUGGCCUGAGAGAUUUGAGGGGAGCGAUGUGGACAUUCGAGGCCGCGACUUUCAGCUCAUACCGUUUGGUUCCGGCCGCAGAGGGUGCCCGGGAUUGCAGCUGGGGUUGACUGUUUUCAAGUUCGUCUUAGCGCAGUUGGUUCACUGCUUCAAAUGGGAGCUCCCAGGUGGUAUGCUGCCGAAGGAUCUGGACAUGACCGAGGAGUUCGGACUCACAGCUCCUCGAGCAAAGCACCUACUGGCUAUACCCUCAUAUCGACUUAAAGCGUUAUGCAGCUAGUUUAUUAGAUCAACGUAUAUAGUGUGAUAAAAGGACCAAGACGUCAUGCUAAUGCAAUAUAUCUGGCAUAUCUGUUCGUCUUCAAAUUAGAUGAUUGAGAGUCCAACAUAUAUAUGUCAGCAUCAGUGCAAGUAAUUUGGCAACCA